AUGGCAAUCUCCGCCGUCCGCUUGAACGAUCCCUCUUUGUUGAUCGGCCAGAACCACAUUGCUGGAAAAUGGGUGGAGGCUGCAUCUGGGGAGCGCUUCAACGUCACAGACCCUGCGAAUGGAAACAUCAUCGGGUCUUGCCCCGAAUCCGACUCCUCGGACGCACAACGAGCCAUUGACUCUGCAGCCACCGCAUUACCUGCAUGGCGGUCCCGAGCUGGUCGCAACCGCGGCCGAAUCCUCCGUCGUUGGUAUGAGUUGAUCCUGGAGAACCAACAAGACCUGGCUACGCUCAUCACCCUGGAGAACGGGAAGGCAAGGCCAGAUGCUACGGGAGAGGUCCUCUUUGCGGCCAGCUUUCUCGAGUGGUUCUCAGAGGAAGCGGCACGCAUCUAUGGGGAUACCAUCCCGCACACGCAGCCCAAUUUCCGCGUCUCUGUUCUGAAGGAGCCGGUUGGCGUUUGUGGCCUUAUCACGCCAUGGAACUUCCCUGCUGCGAUGAUUACCAGGAAGCUCGGCCCUGCGUUGGCGGCUGGCUGCACAGUCGUUGUCAAAACAGCUGGUGAAACGCCGUUUACAGCUAACGCUCUGAUUAAACUCGGCGAGCGAGCUGGAAUCCCUCCCGGCGUAGUCAACAGCGUGACCGCGCUGGCUAAUACCGCGGAAAUCGGCCAAGCACUGUGCUCAUCGAAUAUCGUCCGGAAGAUAUCAUUCACUGGUUCCACUCGCGUCGGAAAGCUUCUUAUGCAGCAAUCAAGCAGCUCUCUAAAGAAGUUAAGCCUGGAACUUGGCGGCAACGCGCCAUUUAUUGUCUUUGAAGAUGCUGAUCUUGGCCUUGCCGUGGAUGCCGCCAUUGCUAGCAAGUUCAAGUCUUCGGGCCAGACCUGCGUGUGCUCCAACCGGAUCUUCGUUCAGAAAAGCAUAUAUCCUGAAUUCAUCCGGCGCUUGAGAGCCGCCGUGGGCCAAUUCCGUGUUGGCAACGGAUUUGACGAGAAGACCACUCAUGGCCCUCUGGUUACGCCAGCAGCGGUGAAUAGGGUUGCCAGUCUUGUGGACGAUGCUGUUCGCCGUGGAGCAACAUUAGAAGCUGGUGGAAGGAAGAGGGACGAUCUGGGUCCCAACUUCUUCGAGCCCACGAUCCUCACAAAUGUAAACACCGACCUGGCGAUUGUCAACGAAGAGAUCUUUGGCCCCGUGGCGCCCAUCUUCCAGUUCGACACCGAAGACGAAGUCAUUGCUGCCUCGAACGCAUGUGAUGUAGGGCUGGCCUCAUAUAUCUUCACCCAGGACGUCGCCCGCGCGCAUCGAGUCUCGGAACUCCUACAGUUCGGCAUGGUGGCUAUCAACACCGGCGCUAUUUCUGACGCUGCUAGCCCGUAUGUCCCCUUCCGUUCAUUGAAACGCCGUGUUCUGACCAUGCAACAGGUUUGGCGGGAUCAAGCACUCGGGGAUGGGGCGAGAGGGAAGUAA